CCUGUGGGCUGGUCCAGGGGCCAGUUGUGCCUGUCUGACAGGGUGAAGGGGAUACAUUUCAGAGGACUCUGCUGGGCUGAAGGUGGUGGGCGUGGGAACUUUUCCUGGAGGAACUUUCCUGGAAAGGACUCCAGGGCUGGGCCCCCAACCCUUUCCUGACACCCAUCCCCCAUGCCCUGCUCUGCAGAAAUGGGUUCCUCACCCCAGAAAGUGAAGUGCAGCCUCUGUCCUCCCGUUUUGGAGGCCUUAGUUCUCAGAGUCUGAAGGGAAAACGGAGACUGAGAGGUGGAAUAUGAAGCCGCCAGGUGUGUCUGAGGUUCUGGGACCCCACGGAGAGCUGAUCAGACACUUUUACCCUUGCUAUCCCCAGCCUUGAGAAGGAGCUGGGGGAGGGGGUCUAGAAAAUCAGAUUGAUCCCACGUCUUUCCGAGGUGUGGGGCAUGGAGGAGUCGGGAUAUAGGGGAGUUCCCGGGCCUCUCUGUUUCCUGAGUUCACUCCUAGGGAGAGAGAACUCUGCGCCAGUCUUGGGGGAAACCCAGAGGACCUGCUGACUGGCCUGGGGGCCUUAACUGAAAUCCAGGGGCAUCUCCAUGGAGACACCAUAAGACCUUCAGAAGCCCUGUGUGCUGAAAAGGACCAUGGAGCCCUCUGCCCAGCAAGGUGCCCUUCGUCCUGUGAGGACAGCUGCAAUGCUCUCUUUGAAACAUGAAAUAUCAAAGUCCUUCUACAAAAUGUAUUUUCCCAUUUUGGCCCUCCUGCUUUGCUAGUCUCAAGAGUAUGAGCAGGCAAUGCGGAUCUGGGAGUCACCUCCCCGCCGAGAGCAGGUGCAGCCAGGCUCGGGACCCCCGACCCGGAACCCUUGAAGCCGGGAACCCUAUAGGGCUGCAGCUGCAUGGGGAACGGGAUCUGGGAGGGACUUCCUGUUGUCCCUAAUCCCAGUCUCCACCCGGCUCCCGGCGCCCGUGCAGGCUGUGGAGACUCCCUUCCCCGGGGAGGGGACCCCACUACCCGAGGCUCCUGGCUGGGAGCUGGAGGGGGCUUGGCCAACAAGAGGGUGCUGUGCUUUCUAGGUCUGAGAGAGAAAAUGUCUGCAGAUGGCAGAGGCAUCCGGGCUACCCAGGACAAGAAGAAGGCCCAAGAGCUUCCAGGUCCUAGGCAUCUUUGUCAAGAAAUGCUUUCUGAGGCAGAGGAGGUGGUGCCUUUGGGAGCCACUCGAGAGUCACCCCACAUCAAGAUGGAGCCAGAAGAGCAGCACCCCGAGGUGGUGUUGCAGGAGGACGGGACCCAAGGAGCUCGGGGCUCGGUGCCCCUAAGCCUAGGCUCUAAGGAGAAAGCUCUUUUCCUGCCUGGCGGAGCCCUCCCCUCCCCCCAGAUCCCUGUGCUUUCCCGUGAGGGGAGGACCAGAGACCGGCAGAUGGCUGCGGCGCUCCUCACCGCCUGGUCCCAGAAAAGCCAUCCUUGUGUGGCUGUCCCGCCUCACCAUCAGACCCGAGGGCAGGCAUCACUCAGGGCGAUGCCAGUGACCUUUGAGGAUGUGGCUCUGUACCUCUCCCGGGAGGAGUGGGGGCGGCUGGACCACACGCAGCAGAGCUUCUACAGGGAUGUCCUGCAGAAGAGGAACGGGCUGUCCUUGGGGUUUCCCUUCGGCAGACCUGUCUGGGCCUCCCAAGUGCAGGGCAAGGGCGAGGCCUCGAGCUCGUGCCGGCAGACAGAUGAGGAGGAGAAGAGAGGAGCCAUUGAGGUGGGGAAGGAGGAGCCAGCUCCAUCCCUGGCAGCCCUCAGGGAUGUGAAGGCCCUCAGGACCAGGGCAGGGAGAGCCCAGGGAGACAUCCUUCAGUGCAGGCGGCAAGCAGCUAACAGCCAGAGCCCAGGGCCAGCCAAAAAUGACGGGCAGCCAGGCCCCCCAGAGGAGAGACAGCCAAAACCAGCCCCACCUGACACCAGCCUCCUGAAGGCCCAGGAGGGCCACCUCCCAGAGAAACCCAAAGAAGGGGAGACAGGUGCCCCCGAGAACAGCGAGGAGAGCCUGCCCGCCGAUGGCGACACCAGCAAGAAGACCUACAAGUGUGAGCAAUGUGGCAAGGGCUUCAGCUGGCACUCGCACCUGGUGACGCACCGGCGCACGCACACGGGCGAGAAGCCCUACGCCUGCACGGACUGCGGCAAGCGCUUCGGCCGAAGCUCGCACCUCAUCCAGCACCAGAUCAUCCACACGGGUGAGAAGCCCUACACCUGCCCCUCCUGCUGGAAGAGCUUCAGCCACCACUCGACACUGAUCCAGCACCAGCGCAUCCACACAGGCGAGAAGCCCUACGUGUGCGACCGCUGUGCCAAGCGCUUCACCCGCCGCUCGGACCUGGUCACCCACCAGGGCACCCACACGGGCGCCAAGCCCCACAAGUGCCCCAUCUGCAGCAAGUGCUUCACGCAGAGCUCGGCCCUGGUCACCCACCAGCGCACCCACACCGGGGUCAAGCCCUACCCGUGCCCCGAGUGCGGCAAGUGCUUCAGCCAGCGCUCCAACCUCAUUGCCCACAACCGCACGCACACGGGCGAGAAGCCCUACCACUGCCUCGACUGCGGCAAGAGCUUCAGCCACAGCUCGCACCUCACUGCCCACCAGCGCACCCACCGUGGCGUCCGGCCCUACUCCUGCCCCCUCUGCGGCAAGAGCUUCAGCCGGCGCUCCAACCUGCACCGGCACGAGAAGAUCCACACCACUGGGCCUAAGGCCCUGGCCAUGCUGAUGCUGGGGGCUGCGGGUGCUCUGGCAGCCCCCUCACCUGCUCCCACCUAGGAGGUGGGGAGAGAAGGGGCUGGGCCCCUGGAGGAGGAGCAAGGGCAGCUGCUGUUGGAAUGAGGGUGGGUGUAGGAACAGGAUUGGGGAGGUGCUGGCACGGGGUGGGGCAUGGCAACACAGGACAAGCUAGGGUGAGGAGCAGAGAUGCCAGCUGCAAAUUAAAGGCCUUG